AUGGCGACUCCGCGAGUUCUUCGUUUCGACGAUGACGGUAGACCACUUGACUUUUCCGUCUGGCUUCUUCGCGCUCGCCGUCUGUUAGAGAGUCAGGUCCAGGGGGGCGAGACCCUCUGGUCGCACGCUACUGGUGACCUCCCCGAGCCCCCCGAGCCUACAGCUUUAGGCCCUGCUCCUCACGACGCUGCUACAGCUCGCUUUGCCCGUCAGCCCGCUGACCGGACGGCUUGGACGUCGCGUGACGCUGCGGCCUGCAUCGCACUCAGCAGCCUCCUCCCUGAGUCAGAGGAGGUCCACUUUACUCAGGUUCGCACCGCUGCUGCGUACCUCACUGCGAUUAAGGCCCGCUACUCUACUCCCGCUACUGUCUCUCUUGGCCGUCUUUUCCUCCCGUUCCUGUUUCCUGAUCUCGCCUCGUUUGAGCGCUCUGCUGACUUGAUCGCUCACCUCCGCUCGCUCGACGCUAGUUACCGCGCUGCUUGCACUGAGGCACAGCUUGCACUGCUUCCUCCCCCCAUGGCGAUUACUGUCUAUUUCAUCGCCACUAGCCUCCCUGGCCGCCUAGCCUUCGUUCGUGACGCGCUUCUGCUGAAGCACCCUAGUGAGCUGACUAUCGAGGUCCUUGAGUCUGCACUCAAGGACGUCGAGAGCAACCUUCGCUCGGUAGCUGCCGCCUCUGGUACUGUGUCCCCCCCACUCUUCCACGUGUGCACAGUCCCGCAGUUACCCACCUUCACUGCCUCUCUCGCCACUGCCGCUACUGACGCGACUGCGGCUGCUGUUACGACUGCGUCGCGGUCCCGCGGCAAGGGGGGCAAGAAAGGUAGUUCUGGUGGAGGUGGAGGUGGAGGUAGCGGAGGUAGUGGGGGUGCUGUUGCGACUGGCGGUGGUGGGAGUGCAGCGUCUGGAGAGACCCCUCGUGCAGCGGCUGGUGACUCCACUGCGCCUGCUGGUGGCGGCGACCCCCGAGCUCGUCAGUCGCCUCCUGUACUGCCGACCCCGCUAGGUGGAGCAGCGGCGUGGUACCAGGCUCAGCGUCAGCAGCACCUUCAGCAGCAGCAGCAGCCCCUUUCCUCCCGCCAGCCUCAGCAGCAGCAGCGUCAGCAGCUGGCUCCGGGGUCGGGGCUGCGUCAGCCCCAGCGCGGUGCUUCUUACCCUCCCUGCACCUAUCAGUCACUGCACGUCACACUACCACUUUACCGUGUCCUGCUGCUCCCUCCGGGUCUCUCACUGGGUUUCACGUCCCCUCGUUCUCCCGGAACUUGGUGGGCGUGCAACCCCUCGUGA